GAAGAUUGAGGCGGAGAAUGAUAAGAAUUGAUUUAUGUUUAUUUAAAAUGGUUUUAUUCACAUGAUAAUAAGUGCAAUAAAUAUUUAGUGGCUUGGACUUGCAGCGAUGUUAAAUUAUUGUCGGUGACAUCUGGAAAAUUGUAUGUGAUAUUUUAUUUUUCAUUAAAUUAAUGGGUUGUUCAGUUUCGUGUAUGCAACAAAUGACAAUGUCGUUGUUUGGUAGAAAAACCGACAAUAGUGUCAGUGAUUUGCAAGCUAAGUUAGAGAGAAAAUUGUAUCUUGCAAAGGAGUCUCCCGAACCUGAUUUUGAUAUAUCGGAUUGCGAACUCCGGCGUGUGCCAUCCGGUAUAUAUUUAUAUUGCAGAGUGUACAGAAAACAAAACUUGUAUUUACAAGAAAAUAAGUUGGAUUCAUUAGAUGGUGGGGGGCUUUUAUCAGAUUUGUAUCUUAUCAAAGUGCUCAACAUUAGUUCUAAUAAAUUCUCAAAAAUACCUAAUGAUAUUAAAUACUUGGUAAAUUUAACUGAGCUCUAUGUGCAGGAAAACUAUUUACAAUUCAUACCUGAUAGCAUAGAAGCAUUACAAAAUCUCAAGAUUUUUAAUUUGUCUAGAAACCGACUCAAACAUUUAACACCAGCAAUAGGAAAUUUAAAAAACUUGCGGAAACUAGUGAUUACAGAAAAUGACACCUUAAAAGAAUUAUGCCCUGAAUUAUGUUUAGCAACAAAUAUAGUAUCUAUUGAAAUAGAUGCUGCAGAGUUUAUUUUCCCACCAUCAGAUAUUGUGUCACUUGGGACAGAGGAAAUCAUGAAGUAUUUAUGUAGAAAGAUAAAUAUUGAUUACAUUCCACCAAAUCCUUUGGACACAGAAAUGGAAUCGAUUCAGUCACCAAGUACUAUUUUCAAUCCAUUUUUUAAACACAGUACAAAAACAUGGGAAGAACAAGAAGCUGCCAUUGUAGAACAAGAAAAUAAAUACCAUGAAGCUGCUAAACAGCAAAGAGAAAAAUUUCUGUCAACAGUUAUUCAAGAACAGCAGCAGUUGGACUCUGAGAUUGCUAAAGUACAUGAAAGUAAAGAGAUAGAACGUCAAAAAUUAUUAAAAGCAAUACAAGAAGAUGAAAAAGAUAUCGAAGUUUUAGUUAAUCAGUUUAUACAAUCAGAAUUUUUGAAACCAGAAAUUUUGCAGCAGCAGUUAGCUUAUGAGCAAUCUGAACAUGAUCGGCUCCUGGAAAUAGUAAGACAAAACUAUGAUAAUGUUAAAAAGUCAGAAGUCUUAAAGGCAAUGGAAAUGCUUAUAGAAGAGGAUUAUUAUAUCCAACAUUCCAAAAAUCACUAUGAAAACAGCUUGAUUUCUGUAAAGCAAAGUGCAUUAAUGCAAGAGUUGGAAGGCAAUGAUAAAUUAGAGGAAUUGCUACAAGCGAAGGAUCAGUCACGCACAGCCUUAGUAGGGCAGUUGUUAGAAGAUCAAGAUGUUCAAAGGGCAUUAGUAGCUUCUUUAAUGGAAAAGACUGAUGCCAGAACAUGGAGUUUAAAUGAAGAGAUUUCAUUGAUUUCUUCACAUUUAGCUAGACUCAGUGCAAUUGAACAAGAGAAGAAGAAGAUGCAAAUUUCUUAUAAUUAUAAUACAUUGCUACACCAGAGAAUGCAAAUGGUUAAUUUAUUAGAUGAUCUGUUAGACCAACAGUCUAAACGGAGACAUCAGUUAAUUAAGAUGUUAAAAGACAUGGAAAGUGAGACAUGUGUUAUAAGUUCAGAUUUUUGGUUGAAAAAUUAUCAGAAGUUAAUUGAUUCAGCCCCAAGGAACUUGUUGGUAAUGGGCAAGCAUUUGGAUCCAGCUUUCGCUAAUCAACUGUUACAACAUGGUGUUAUACAUUGUUUACCUUUUUUAGUGAAAUUCCUUUUUUCAGAAGGCUCCCUGCUAGAUAUUACUUAUGAAAAUUUAAAAGAUUGUGGCAUUUCUUUGUCUUCUGAUAGAGAAAAUGUUCUUAAAGCAAUAGAUAGUUAUGUAGGAGCGAAGAACCAAAGUUAUCAAAAUGAUAUUGAUAUGCCUGAUUCCUCAAAACCAAGUGCUCCCCCUGAGCAUUGUGUAGAAGAGCAGAAUUUUACUGGAGUAGUAACAGCUGAUGAAGUAGAUGGCUCAAUAUAUGAAUCUGAAUGUGUUAUUUGUAUGGAUUCAAAUUGUCAAGUAGUUUUUGUUCCUUGUGGUCAUAUGUGUUGUUGUCUUGUUUGUUCAAAGAAUGAGAUGGAUGGUUGUCCAUUAUGUAGAAGUGCUAUUGAAAGAACUAUUCAAGUCAGAAUUGCUUAAAUUUUGUUAAAAUUAUGCAGGAUGCAUUAUCGAGUUUCGAUGUUAACAUUUGCAAUAUUAUGUGUUAAGAUUUUAGUGUGGUUAUUGGCAUAGCAACAUUUCUAGCAGUAACUAUCAAGAAUUACAAAUCUAACAUUAAACUCAUACAAAAUGGUAAAAUAAUUAAAAGCAUCAAGAGAUUACUGUGAAUUAAAAUCUAGGUUUUAAACAUUCUUAAUCUUUUAUAAUAAAAUUUCAAAUAUAGUCUAAACUAGAAACUAGUUUCAUGUACUCUCUGCAGCAGUUGAGAAUAUGCAGUGUAUAUUAAAGAUAAUUAAACAAUU